AUGCCUUUAAUGUAUUGCGAAGCCAUUGUUCUAAAAACUACGGGACCGGCAAAGAAUUACUUUACACAAGAAUAUAUUGAACACAAACGACUCGUUAAUGCGCCACCACAAAAAAGUACAGUUCCUAUUGCAACGUUCAGGAUUGAAUGUGUUCCAGUCAAGACCUUUACUUUGAGUGAAGCGAAAACUAGUGUUUGUAUUGGAACACUUUCCGGUUGCAAUGAAGGUAGACUCUUUGUCGAUGAAAGCCAUAUAAUUAGUCCAUUACAUUGUCAAUUAGUAAUAAAAAGACAUCCUAGAGUGGAAGGAUGUAAUCAUACGGCAUUUGUUAGGGACUUGUCGUUUAAUUCGUCAACCUUUGUUAAUGGUAGAAGAAUUGGAUUCGGUAAUUCGAUGGAAUUACAUAGCCAAGAUUUGAUUCGAAUUGGUGAACACAUAAAAAUUAGAUAUUCUGAUAAUGAAUAUCACGAUGCUCGAGAAAGACUAAGUCGAAGAUUUAGAAUGCCACCAUCAUUAUAUAAUCUUUACGAAGUUAGAUCAGAAGAAUAUCUUGGAAAGGGUGCUCAUGGCAUAGUUAUGAAAGGACUAAAUCUCACAACCAAUGACAGCGUCGCUUGCAAAUUUAUAUUUCAAGAAAAUAUGUCACAAGAAUUAUAUAACCGUAUAUGUGAAGAAGCAACUAUGAUCAGUAAAUUCCAACAUUCAAAUAUUAUAAAGUUUCUUAAUUCCUCGAAAGAUCCUGAACAUACGAUUAUUAUUUUAGAACAUAUGAAAGGAGGAAGUUUGUUAGCUUUUAUUAAUAGGGAACGAGAGAUCAAAUUUGAUAUAUGGACUGGCUUGGCGUAUCAAAUCUGCGAUGCUAUCCAAUAUAUGCAUGAUAAUGGUUAUAUGCAUCGAGAUAUUAAAGCUUCAAAUAUUAUGUUUACGGAUAAAACCUGUAAAGAAGUUAAACUUAUUGAUUUUGGUUUAACAAAAGCAUUUAUCAAAACUGAACAAUCGAAGAAAACUGAACAAUCGAAGAAAAUUGAACAAUCGAAAAUUGAACAAUUGGAGGAUUCUAUUGAGCAUACAGCAACGGGUACACCUGCGUAUAUGCCUUAUGAAAUUGCCAAAGAACUGAUGAACGGUAAAAGACAUUGUCAUUACACUUGCGCUGUUGAUAUGUGGUCUUUCGGCAUAGUUAAUUAUCAUGCGUUAACGGGAAAUUUGCCUUUUUUGGGAGAAGAUUCUCAAGAAGAGUUGAUACUUCAUAAGAUCGUUUCAGAUGAAAUUGAUUAUACUCCAUUACUAGAAUUGAAUCUUCAAUGUGGGGUUGAAUUUAUCUCAGGUCUAUGUUGUAAGGACCCAGAAUCUCGAUUAACAGCACAUCAAGCGAUGAAUCAUGUAUUCUUUCAGGGAUUAAGAAGAUGA